AUGACUGAUAAUGAAGUUGAGCUAUUAGAGGCUGUUGUAGCUGACAAUCUAGAUGGAACACUGGAGGCUAAUGUGUCUGACAAUGAAGUUGAAUGUAGUGUGACUGGUGAUGAAGUUGUGGAAUUAGGACCUGAUGUGGGUGAUAAUGACGUUGAAGCAUUGGAGGAUGCUGUGGCUGGUAAUGAAGUCGAGGCCUCAGAAAUUGAUAUAUUUGAUAAUGAAGUUGAGGCAUUGGAUGCUGCUGUGGCUGGUAAUGAAGUUGAGGCCUCAGAUCCUGAUGUAUGUGAUAAUAAAGUUGAGGCAUUGGAGGAUGCUGUGGCUGGUAACGAGGCUGAGGCCUCCGAACCUGAUGUAUGUGAUAAUAAAGUUGAGGUAUUGGAGGUUGCCGUGGCUGGUAAUGAAGUUGAGGCCUCAGAUCCCAACGUAUGUGAUAAUGAAGUUGAGGCAUUGGAGGAUGCUGUGGCUGGUAAUGAAGUUGAGGCCUCAGAAAUUGAUAUAUUUGAUAAUGAAGUUGAGGCAUUGGAGGCUGCUGUGGCUGGUAAAGAGGUUGAUGCCUCAGAUCCUGAUGUAUGUGAUAAAAAAGUUGAGGCAUUGGAUGCUGCUGUGGCUGGUAAUGAAGUUGAGGCCUCAGAUCCUGAUGUAUGUGAUAAUAAAGUUGAGGCAUUGGAGGAUGCUGUGGCUGGUAAUGAGGCUGAGGUCUCCGAACCUGAUGUAUGUGAUAAUAAAGUUAAGGCAUUGGAGGUUGCCGUGGCUGGUAAUGAAGUUGAGGCCUCAGAUCCCAAUGUAUGUGAUAAUAAAGUUGAGGCAUUGGAGGAUGCUGUGGCUGGUAAUGAGGUUGAUGUCUCCGAACCUGAUGUAUGUGAUAAUAAAGUUGAGGCAUUGGAGGAUGCUGUGGCUGGUAAAGAGGUUGAUGCCUCCGAACCUGAUGUAUGUGAUAAUAAAGUUGAGGCAUUGGAUUCUGCUGUGGCUGGUAAUGAAGUUGAGGCCUCAGAUCCUGAUGUAUGUGAUAAUAAAGUUGAGGCAUUGGAGGAUGCUGUGGCUGGUAACGAGGCUGAGGCCUCCGAACCUGAUGUGUGUGAUAAUAAAGUUGAGGUAUUGGAGGUUGCCGUGGCUGGUAAUGAAGUUGAGGCCUCAGAUCCCAACGUAUGUGAUAAUGAAGUUGAGGCAUUGGAGGAUGCUGUGGCUGGUUUUGAAGUUGAGGCCUCAGAAAUUGAUAUAUUUGAUAAUGAAGUUGAGGCAUUGGAGGCUGCUGUGGCUGGUAAAGAGGUUGAUGCCUCAGAUCCUGAUGUAUGUGAUAAUAAAGUUGAGGCAUUGGAUGCUGCUGUGGCUGGUAAUGAAGUUGAGGCCUCAGAUCCUGAUGUAUGUGAUAAUGAAGUUGAGGCAUUGGAGGAUGGUGUGGCUGGUAAUGAGGCUGAGGACUCCGAACCUGAUGUAUGUGAUAAUAAAGUUAAGGCAUUGGAGGUUGCCGUGGCUGGUAAUGAAGUUGAGGCCUCAGAUCCCAAUGUAUGUGAUAAUAAAGUUGAGGCAUUGGAGGAUGCUGUGGCUGGUAAUGAGGUUGAUGCCUCCGAACCUGAUGUAUGUGAUAAUAAAGUUGAGGCAUUGGAGGAUGCUGUGGCUGGUAAAGAGGUUGAUGCCUCCGAACCUGAUGUAUGUGAUAAUAAAGUUGAGGCAUUGGAUGCUGCUGUGGCUGGUAAUGAAGUUGAGGCCUCAGAUCCUGAUGUAUGUGAUAAUAAAGUUGAGGCAUUGGAGGAUGCUGUGGCUGGUAACGAGGCUGAGGCCUCCGAACCUGAAGUAUGUGAUAAUAAAGUUGAGGUAUUGGAGGUUGCCGUGGCUGGUAAUGAAGUUGAGGCCUCAGAUCCCAACGUAUGUGAUAAUGAAGUUGAGGCAUUGGAGGAUGCUGUGGCUGGUAAUGAUGUCGAGGCCUCAGAAAUUGAUAUAUUUGAUAAUGAAGUUGAGGCAUUGGAGGCUGCUGUGGCUGGUAAAGAGGUUGAUGCCUCUGAACCUGAUGUAUGUGAUAAUAAAGUUGAGGCAUUGGAUGCUGCUGUGGCUGGUAAUGAAGUUGAGGCCUCAGAUCCUGAUGUAUGUGAUAAUGAAGUUGAGGCAUUGGAGGAUGCUGUGGCUGGUAAUGAGGCUGAGGCCUCCGAACCUGAUGUAUGUGAUAAUAAAGUUAAGGCAUUGGAGGUUGCCGUGGCUGGUAAUGAAGUUGAGGCCUCAGAUCCCAAUGUAUGUGAUAAUAAAGUUGAGGCAUUGGAGGAUGCUGUGGCUGGUAAUGAGGUUGAUGCCUCCGAACCUGAUGUAUGUGAUAAUAAAGUUGAGGCAUUGGAGGAUGCUGUGGCUGGUAAAGAGGUUGAUGCCUCCGAACCUGAUGUAUGUGAUAAUAAAGUUGAGGCAUUGGAUGCUGCUGUGGCUGGUAAUGAAGUUGAGGCCUCAGAUCCUGAUGUAUGUGAUAAUGAAGUUGAGGCAUUGGAGGAUGCUGUGGCUGGUAAUGAGGCUGAGGCCUCCGAACCUGAUGUAUGUGAUAACAAAGUUGAGGCAUUGGAGGUUCCCGUGGGUGGUAAUGAAGUUGAGGCCUCAGAUCCCAACGUAUGUGAUAAUAAAGUUGAGGCAUUGGAGGAUGCUGUGGCUGGUAAUGAGGUUGAUGCCUCUGAACCUGAUGUAUGUGAUAAUAAAGUUGAGGCACUGGAGGCUGCUGUGGCUGAUAAUGAGGUUGAGGCCUCAGAUCCUGAUGUAUGUGAUAAUAAAGUUGAGGCAUUGGAGGAUGCUGUGGCUGAUAAUGAAGUUGAGGCCUCAGAACGUGAUGUAUGUGAUAAUGAAGUUGAGGUAUUGGAGGCUGAUGUAGGCAACAAUGAAGUAGAUAAAUUGGGGCCCGCUGUAACUGUAGAUAAAGUUGAAUGUAAUGGUACUGGAUAUGAAGUUGAACCGUUAGUGCCUAUUGCAGCUGACAAUGAAGAUGGAACAUUGGAGGCUGAUGCAGCUGAUAAGGAAGCUGAGAUAGCAGAGCCUGAUGAAGUUGUAGCAGCGGAAGCUGAUUUGGCUGUAAAUGAAGCUGUAGCAUUAGUGCUUGAGGUAUCUGAUAAGGACAUUGAGGCAGUGUAG